CUUCCGAGGAGACGGGAAGUUUGGAGUUUUUCCAAAGAAAACAGAACAUUUAGUUUCAGAUCUCCAAGUUUAAGUUCAUCUGGCAGAAAACAGCGCAAAGCUCAGCUUUACUCUCAGUCCGCAGCGAAAUAACUGAGAUCAGUCAUGGCACAAAACAAAAGCGGCUACACUCGCUUGGAAAACCCCCCUGAGUUCAGCGCCGUGAAUCCGCCGCCGCCUUAUAAUGCUGGCGUUCCCGUCGUCGUCAGACCCGCUCCACCCACCGCUUCUGGGAAUCCCAUGUACGGACAGGGAGGCUCCGGAUAUCCACAGCAUCCCUAUCCUACAGCAGCUCCUCACUUCACCGAAGCGUACCGCGGCGGACCGUACAAACAGCCGCUUUCUUACGAAGUGGAUAAACCGGGACACAGCGAUCCUCCUCCAGAAUAUGAGAACAAGCAGUUCAUCGGCUCUGGACUCGAUAAUGAAGCCGUCAGAAGACUGUUCAUUCGGAAGGUGUUUUCGGUCUUGAGUCUUCAGCUGGCAGUGACCUGCGGCUUCGUGGCCGUCUUCACCUUCGAGCCUCACGUCAAGCUGUUCGUGAUGCAGAACGCCUGGACUUACUGGGUCGGCUAUGUUGUCUUCCUAGUGCCCUACGUAGUGAUCCUGUGCUGCGGAGAGUUUCGCAGGACGCAUCCGUGGAACCUCGUUUCUCUGAGUAUCCUGACGCUAGCGAUGUCUUACAUGGUGGGCGUGAUCUCCAGCUUCUACGACACUGAUAUCGUGAUGAUGGCCAUCGGCGUCACUGUGCUGGUCUGCUUUACAGUCAUCGUCUUCUCUCUGCAGACCAGAUAUGACUUCACUUCCUGUUACGGCGUGCUGUUCGUCUGCUUCAUCGUCGUGCUGUUCUUCGGGAUCCUGUGCAUCUUCCUGUACAACAGGAUCCUGGACCUCAUCUACGCGUCGCUGGGAGCGCUGAUCUUCACCUGCUUCUUGGCCGUGGACACGCAGCUGCUUCUCGGGAACAAGACUCUGUCCCUGAGUCCCGAGGAACACGUCUUCGCCGCGCUCAACCUGUACCUGGACAUCAUUCAGAUCUUUUUAUACAUUUUGCGAAUCUUUGGAAAAAGCCGUGGCUAAAAGUCCACCACGCGACCAGUUAAAGAUGAAGAGUGGUGUUUCCUUCUGUGUUAAAGGGUUAGUUCACCCAAAAAUGAAAAUUAGCCCAUAAAUUACUCA